UAGCAACGCAUUCUGAUUUCACCACAAAAAGAACGAUCAUAUUUGAUUUUGAACGAAUCAAAAUGGAUGCUGGGUGUGAAUGAACUAUAUACUGAAAAACGAACAGCUUUUUUAUUGAAUUGUGUCGUGGACCCCGAUUUUAUUCGGGAAUCCGGCUUUGUGGAUUUGUUUUGUGGUUAUUUAGCUUGUGUAACAGUAGUGCUCCCGUAAACAGGAUUCGCUAGAUACAUUGGUUCUAUCCAGUAGUCACCGUGUCGGUAUGUGUUUAUUAUACGUUUUAGUUUUGGACGGGUUUGUAAUCUGCAGGUGGCCUUAGAAUGAAGACUUUGACGGAUAUAUUGCAUGUCGAUUGGGAUCCGCGAGUGGAUAACGAGCCUCCGUUUCUUACGCUCGAUGCGCCAUGGCGAGAAUAUUCGGACUAAAGUGUCGUUUGUUGGCUGUAUGAGCGGUCAGAAAUGAAAUGCAUAUACAGGAAGGACCAAACACAACUCUGACAACAUGUACCAAAAUGACAGAAGAAGUAGACAGAAGACAUGGCGUAAAUGGUAACAGUAGUAGCAAAGGUGUGAAUGAAGAAACUCCUGUGCAGAGUUCCCCCCUCGCAGCAACUGGUGGGCGGCUCAAGUUCUUCAAAGAUGGGAAGUUUAUCUUGGAAUUGGUGCGUGGAUGCGUUCGCGAGGGUGAGCGCGCGGGGUGGGUAUCGGUACCGCGUAAGACAUUUUGGCCGCCCGCCGCUGCGCCGCCCACUCCGCCCACCGCACUCCCACCCGCCUCCCUCUCGGUCUCCGACGAUAACAGUUCGGUGCAAUCCUCGCCUUGGCAGCGUGAUCAUUGCUGGAAACAGGCAACGCCCCGCCGGAACGUCUCCAAAGAGCUAACCAUGUAUUACUGCCGCCCUAGCACCUUGCAUAACGCGACCAUCGAUACGGGUAGCCGCCGCAAACGGAGGCGACCUCAUGACGGCGUCGGCCUCGACUCUAUGAACGGCGCCGCUAAAAGUACGCUAACCAACGGAAUUUGCGAUAAGAAGCGAAACGGCGACGUCGAAUCACUCGAAAACAAAACCGGUAAAACCGGCGAGGAUGCGGUGGACGGCCCUACGCCCGAUAGGUGGAACGACUUCGAUAGAGAAAAAUACUAUCACAUGAAGCUCAAAAAGCCUUAUCAGUAUCGUAAAUUAAGAGUCUACAAGAAGACUAGGCCGCAGAUAAGGCGAAAGGAGUUGACGCGAACAAUCGAUAAGCUGCGAGAGAAAAUCGCGUCCCUCCCGGUUCCCGUAAACGCGAAGCUUGCGAACUGUCGCCAGGAGCACAUGAUGGUCUCGCCACGAAAACGAAUUCUGAGGGAACUCGAACGCGUCAGCCUCGAAGACCAGGGAAUGAAGCGGCGCGCCAAGACGGUGCCGGCACUGAGCACGGCGUCAUACCCGCCGUCGCCGGGCCCGAGCCACACGCCCCACCGGGCCCCCGCGGAAGCAACGCGUCCACCCAACGGCACGGCGCCCCGCAAAGAGCAGCAGCCCGUGUCCAAGAAUGUCAGCAGCUACAGCAUACACUCGCUGCUGAGCAUGCCCGACGAGAGUCCGACGCGCCGUUCGCCCGAGGCGAAGCGUUCACCGCACUCGUACCCUCCCUCGCUCAAGACGGAGUCCCCGUCAAGCGUGAACUCGCCCGAUCUGAGCCCGAGCCCGGACAACUACCGAUAUAGAUACUCGACGCUUAUGGGCUCGCCGGGGCAAAGCGGCUCGAUGACGCGCGACUCGCCGACGCCGCCGUCGGAGCUGGCCCGGUACCGAGCGUCGUACGCGGCGCCGGCAUCUCCGUACGCGGCGGGGCGGGCGUGGGCGGGGGCGGGGGCGGGCCCCGGGGGCGGGUACCGCGGGGCGCGCGAGGAGUGGCGCGAGGUGCCGUACAUGUACGGGUACCCAUACGUGUCGGCGCCGCUGUACCGCGCGCCGUGGGUGCACUAUACGAUGGCGCCCGCGGUGCCCCCUGGCCCCUGGGUUCCCCUCGCGCACCCGCUUUUUACCGACCACAUACCUAAAGAGGAACCCACGUCAGAUUUGCCAUUGAAUCUAUCGAAGCAUUGAAACGGGCGUUCGGCGGGGCCGGCGUCCGCCGCGUGAGACUGAGCACACGAACUAUAUUGUCGAGGAGCCGAUGUACAUUUCGCGUUAUUUAUCGUGCCCGGCGUACCGACGAAACGUCGCACGAUUAAAGAUUUAUCGAAUGUAGUGUUAAAACUGCAAUAUUAAUUAUUAUUUACAUUGUAUACUUUGUACCUACUUGAACAAGUUCGAACAGAAAACUUGUGGUAUUGUUAUUGUUGAACGGUGUCCUAUUAACAUUCCAUUGUUGCACUGAAAGAUUGGCGCGGUCGAAUAUCCAAAAACUAAAUCCCACCUAACCCAUUGUUCAUAAUCGUCCUGCAAUUACAUACUUAUAAUAUGCUAAUGAUACAAAUUAAGAAAAGUCGCAACAAAUGUUUAAUGUAUACGUUGUGAUUUUCCUACAUUCUCUGAAAAUCUAUUUACAAACUGAUGUAUAUUACACUGGAAUAUUAUAUUUUAGUAUAGGUGUAUGUAUGCAGAGUCAAGUGUGUAUUUUCAUACAAAAUAUUUGUACUGCGAAUUAAAUAUUUUAAUAUCGGCUAUUAACUUUAGGAUAAUAUACUAAGACAAUCUUAAAAACAAAGACAGUUAUCAAUUGUUAACAUUCAGUGCCUUGAGACAACUAAGAUUUUAACAACAAACAUAUUUAUGAUUAAAUUAAAAUGAGAAAUAUUCAGGCUUCGUCCAAAUUUACUAAAAUAUAUUAUGAUAAAUAUGUGCUGCUAGAUAUAUUACUAUUUAUAUAUUAUUAUCGUAUACUUACUAAUCAAAGCUGCAACAAAUAUCAUUGUCUUACUCGAUUGCAAAAUUCCAUAUGUUUAUGUUCGAUCUCAUUAUUUAAUUUAGAAAAUAAAAUGAGGUAAAGACUACAGUUUUGGGAUCAAAUUUGGAUGUGUGUUUAUGUAACAUGUAUAUUAAAAUAAGACAUUGUACAUAAUAUUGUGAAUGGUGUAUUAUUGACGGAAGUUCGGGCGUUAACUAUAUAAAAACAUAAACUGCGCAUGAUUUUUCGGUAAUUUUACUACCUACAGAUAAUUAUUAUGAUUGUACAGUAUUUUUGUAAUGAGUAUUUUAUGAAUUACGGCGACGAUGGGUGUAUUGUAAUAGUUAUGGAGCCAAUGUAAGUACUCAUCGCCCGCCGCGCCGCUGAGGAAUGUAUGGUACGGCUCGCGACCUGGUAGGCCUGAGAUUAAGUAGACCUAGAGUAGUGCGUUUAGUUGCAAGUAUGGGUUUAUGUAUUAUAAGAACAGUAAUGAACGGUUAGGGACUGACUUCUGAUGUAAUAUUAUCAUUAUUGGAAUUGUAUAAACUAGUUUUGUAUUCGAAGGCCUACUCGGCUAAUGAACGUAUUUUGUCCGCCAACAAAGUUGACUAGAGUAAAUUUAGCUGUAAUAGAUCCUGCUCAAUUAAUUUCUGAGUACAGUUAGGUGCCGAACAACAUUAUUUCAAUGUUGCCAAAGCAUGGGAUGGAACCUUUAUUUUUAUCUUGUAUUUACGAAAGUAAUCUAUAAUCAAGGCUGCUAAUUGCUUAUAUAAUUUGUAUGAUGAAAGCUCUGGAUAGAUAUCAUCGAUAUGAAAUUUUUCCUUUUAAUAAUUAGAGAAUUCGGUACAGAGUAUACGUCUAUAAAUAAUGAUGAGAGUAAAAAAUAUUUGUUCCAUAAAUAGGGUAUGUUAAUGUUUGCCUACAGUCAUCCUGAAGUAAAGUAUUGUCGACUUAUAUCAAUUAAUGUUCUUCCAAUCGUAUCGAAUACGCAUAUGAAUGCAUCCAUAAAAGGCAGAUCUACGAAUGUAAAAUUUAUUUAUGAUCUUGAAAGCGAAGUAUUAAAGAUUUUUAUUUAUUUUCCACUAUUUUCUGGCACAGGAGGUUACGGAGAAAAGUGUAUAUCCUCGACUGCUAGUUGAGAGUGGGAAGUAAAUAAAUAUUAGUUUUGUAAGAUCACAUUGGAGUAGCGGAGUGCUUAAGAAACUUUCCCUUUUUUAUCUUCCACCGUGGUUUCUCGGAAGCGUCCAGCUUAUCAGCAAUAUAAAACGUCAUAAUCUAUGUUACAAUAAAUGGGAAAUAUUUGAGUGAUGCUUCUUUAAACGAUUGGAAUUUAAUUCGAUGAAAUUUAUUCAGAUUACGAAUUGUUGUCUUGACCAAAAAUGUAUUUAUUUUAUUAAUAUUUAUAGUGUACUAAUAUAAUUAGAGAGCUUUCAUGAAUAUUUUAUCUUAACUUUCAUUAAUUUCUUGUUUUUUUUUAACAUUAUAGGAUAUUUAUUUUCCAUAUGAAGUAAAAAGCCUCAUCUUUUGUACCUAUAUGUAUUAUUAUUACGCACAUAAUAACAUAUCAGGUUUCUAAAUGAGUUUAAAAUUACUGGAAUCAAUUUUGAACUUAAACAACUACAGAUUAAAACUUAAAUAGUUUUAGAGAAAUUUGUAAUAUGGCGUGUUUGUACGUGCCGUUGACUGUACAUAGUUUUGUUAAAUAUUCAUAAAUAGCUCUCGAACUAACACGAACUUCAAGUACAUUAGUGUGCCAUUAGAAUAACUAAACGACCCAACAACUUUUUUGAGGUUUUCCAAAUCUAGUGUAGGUAUAUUGUCUCUUCCUUUCGUUACAUAUAAUGUAUGUAUCUUCUUAAUUUAAACAAACUGUCCGGAUUUAAUGUAACAAUACAUAUACACGUAGGUAUGCUAAAUUAAUACUAAACACUACCUCAUUAAAGUUGUAGGAUAGUACUUUAAUGUGCUUAUUUUAAGAUUAUUACAUUAGAUUAGUGAAUAAUAGGUUCCUCUCUACAGCAACAUUGUUUUAUUGUUGUUGAUGAGUCAAAAGUAUUUUUCUACUCAAAUACCACAAUCAUUGAAGUAUGUGAUAGAGGAUAAUGUGAGACAGAUGGAGGCAGAUGUUAAAUCAACUUAAACAUAUUUAUCACGAGAAAAAAUAGUUAUUAUCCAUUUAUAUUAAGAUGUAGUUAUGUACUCGAAUAAAUAUAACUUUUUCAAAAAU